UAGACUCAAUAUAAAAGUUAAGACAAUGUGAAGCGUUUUUCACGACAGAAUUAAUUCUCAGUCGUUUAUGAGAGAAAACCUUUUAGAAAAUAUUAAAAUAACUGACUAUAUAUUAUGUGUUGUAACGUACUUUUCGGUUAAGAGGAAGUAGAUGUCGCCACAUUUGUACGUCUUACCCAAAAAGAAAAGUACGAAACUAUAUGUCCGCGCUGUCUCUAGCUGAGAAGCAUACGCUAGCUGGCCUUCGAGAAGUUCGAAUUGUCUGUAAAGAAAUUUUUGAAAUUCGCGAUGGAGGAUAAAGCUUCGAGUGGAAGUAGUACCGCUGUGGAUACUGCAGAAAGUAAUAGCAGUGCAGCAAAGAAAGCGUCGAAAGCGAAGUCUGUAAAAUCUCAACGAUCGAAGACUUUGCAUCCUCCGACUUCUGAAAUGGUAAACGCUGCCAUUAAGGAAUUAAAGGAUCGUAAAGGAUCGUCUCUACAAGCCAUUAAGAAGUAUAUCGCGACAACGUACAAAGUUGACGGCGAGAAAUUGGCACCUUUCAUCAAGAGAUAUUUGAAGGCGGCAGUUACCUCUGGCGCUGUUGUUCAGACAAAAGGUAAAGGUGCUUCUGGGUCGUUCAAACUAUCUGCGGGCAAGGGCUCCGAAUCUAAAACCAAGGUUCAAAAAUCCGUGAGAGCAACCGAAUCGAAGAAAACGAAAAAAUCUGUUGAAAAGAAAACAACGCCGGUAGUACGGAAAUCUACAACGCCGAAGAAAGCGAGUUCCGCAAAGAAGACUGAAACUACAAAGAAGACUGCGGCAACAAAAAAGACUUCCGUCAAAGUCGAAAAGACUAAGAAGAUAGAGAAAUCUAAACCUCUGACCGAGACGAAGACUAUGUCGAAAAGUAAAAGGACGGCAAAAGCACCUGCUGCAAAGACGAGGACUCCGAGGCCGAAGAAAGCUGCUAUCUCGAAAACCGUUAAAUCUCCAGCUAAAAAAUAAUCGAAUAUCCUGACAAACUUAUUAUUAAACAAAUGGCCCUUUUCAGGGCCCCAACUUUCUUAUACGAGAAACAAUUUUGACAAUCCUAACGAUAUAAGUAAGCUUAACAGAGCUUAACUUUCGACGUGAAAUACGUUAUAUCCUUUUUUUGUACGUCCAACGCACAAAUAUAUGUAUUAUAGUCGUUAAAUACUUACAUACUUUAAAAUUAAUUAAA